UCAUAGAAGAUAAAAUAAUACAGAAAUCAACAGUUAGAAGCGAAAAUAAAAUGUUGAUUAAAGAACACAGUAAUUGCUAAGCCAUAAACAAAAAUAUACUAACUUGAAAGAUUUUUCUUAAAUUUAACAAAUUUUUGGUAUUGUGCAUGUAGCGACCUCUAAUCAAAUUAAUAAAGUCAACAUUUAUAAAUGUUUCAAUAGUUUUCUGUCAUAGCAAAGAAACUUCUUCUACUUUUAUGAAAUGUUAUUUGUACGAGACGACGUUAGCAGAAAAUGUUUCGUCUCUUUCUGUUUAUCAGCCAAUGUUGUAUCAGUCAUUGAAAAAAUUAUUUUUUUGCAUCUAAAGUGCAGGAAAUUAUUAUAAAAAAUAAUUUUUAUUACACAAACAAGUUGCGAUAAUCACAUUUAGUAAGUUAAUAUUUAUUAGUAGUUAUUAUGUACCUUUGUUAUUUUUUUAAAAAUAAUUUUCUUCUUUAAUUGAUGUUUAUCACUUUCUGCAAAAGGCCAAUAGACUUGUUGAUCUACAACAUUUAGACGACCAGCUUAUUUUAGUUUCAGUUUCUUUGAAUUGAAAUGGGCAUUUUUAAGGGAAAUGGAACAAAUAAUUAGCUGUAUAUACAAGUGGCAUCGAUGAAUAUUCUUUUAGAGAAACCUUUCACUCUUUAUGUGAGAGUACUUUUAAAAUAAUGAUCCAUUUAACUAAGAGGGAAUUUUAUACCUGUCCUGUAUUCCGUGUGGGGCAGGAUAAGGAAUCUUAACUAAAUCUACUAUAGAAUCAGGCUGUUGUGUGUGAAACAGGAGAUGAUUGUUCACAGAUGGUGGUUAUUGGGGAAUGAUGGAAGAAGAAGACAAAUUUCCUGAAGCUGCACUCGGCAGGUGAGAUCUCUCAUAAUAUUAUAUGUCUUAUUUAAGUAACUGAAAUUAUGUUACUCUUUUAAGUCCUUCUUGACAAUAUUUAUAAGUAAAAUUACAUGAUUUUUCAUUGUGUUUUUAAACAGAUCCAUUUGCCUUAAUCUUCCUGAGCAAGUUCCGAAACUCGUAACUUUCUUAAACCCCCUGUCAGUCGACAUACACCACAUAGUUGCUGUUGCUUUCUUUGUGGAAUUCUUGUCCCAGUGUUACAAGGGAUGCAAGAGCUUAACUAAACCCCUCAUGAACAGCCUCCUGGAAGGCUGGUGGAUUCCUCUUCCAUCGUACGCCUGCUGUGCAUCUCUGGUCUUGGAAAUAUUUCAAUGCUUGAUAAGGAACAGAUAGAGAGAUACUCAACCACCAUCUUGUCAGCCAUGAUGACAGGAAUGGAUGAAAGGGAAGAUCCAGGAUAUCGCAUCACACUCGAGGCAAUGAGUGGCCUGUCAGCCAUCCUCGCACAAGUGGCUGAGGAAGAUGUCAGAAACAUACUCAUCAAUAUUGCACUAAGGAUUAAACCUAUGUUCGACAAGGAAAAACCUUUAGUCAGAUCUGCAGCGUUUACUCUUUUUGGUAAUUUGUCCAAAUUUGCGAAUGGUCCUUCAAAAGAACAGUUUGUGGUUCAGGUGCAGGGAAAUUUUGUCAUUUUCAUGCUUCACUUAAAUGACGAAGAAAAAAAUUUUAUUAAGGUAAAUAUAUAUUCCCUCGUUGAAUAUAAAUAAUUGAUAAACAUUAUU